AUGGAUACACCGCCACCCCGGAGCCUCCCGCGCAGCCUAGCCACGGUCAACCCCACUGUAUUCUUCAACAUCGCCGUCUAUGGCCUGCCCUUGGGCCAGGUCUCCUUCGAGCUGUUUGCAGACAAAGUUCCAAAGACAGCAGAAAACUUUCGUGCUCUGACCACUGGGGAGAAAAGCUUUGGGUAUAAAGGUUCCUGCUUUCACAGAAUAAUUCCGGGAUUUAUGUGCCAGGGUGGUGACUUCACAUGCCAUGAUGGCACUGGUGGCAGGUCCAUCUAUGGGGAGAAAUUUGAUGAUGAGAAUUUCCUCCUGAAGCAUACGGGUCCUGGCAUCUUGUCCAUGGCAAAUGCUGGCCACAACACAAACAGUUUCCAGUGUUUCAUCUGCACCGCCAAGACUGAGUGGUUGGAUGGCAAGCAUGUGGUCUCUGGCAAGGUGAAAGAGGGCAUGAAUAUCAUGGAAGCCAUGGAGCGCUUUGGGUCCAGGAAUGGCAAGACCAGCAAGAAGAUCACCAUUGCUGACUGUGGACAAAUCUAAUAAAUGUGACUUGUGUUUUAUCUUAACCACCAGACCAUUCCUUCUGUAGCUCAGGAGGGCACCCCUUCACCCCCAUCUGCUUGAAAUAUCCUAUAAUCUUUGUGCUC